AUGAGCACUUUCAUGCUGCUCCUUGUUAUUCUCAAAAUGUCUUCACUUAUCAUUAGAGCUCAAGGUUUGUUUUUGUUUUUUCGAAGAUUUUUUGAAUCGAUGCUUGCUUUGCCGUAUGCUGACACUUGGUUCGUUUCAGAUUUUGAAGAUGCGGACUUUGAUUACGAUUGUUAUUAUUCGGACUGGAAUUACUUGACUGUUUCAACGACGAAUCCUUGGGCUAGCCGAUGUACCGUCCUUACUGGCAAUAUCAGGAUUGGUUUGCCCUCGAAUUUCACAGAAGGACAACUCGAGAAACUAUUUCAAAAUAUUUCUACUAUACGAGGAAGUAUUGUGGUGGAAGGAACGAACUUGAAGCGAUUGAACUUUUUGAAAAACGUCGUCAAUAUGAAUACUUUCUACUCGACCUGUAAGUUGGGGUAUUCUUCACUCAAAAAAGCACCAAAAGCACAAGAAGAAGUAUUGUGCUUGGGCUGCUCCUACUGUUAUUUCGCCGCAGUACGCGAUCCGAAAUUCUCACAAGGUUGGCGUGGUAUGGACUCAGGUUAG